AUGUCCAAACAAUAUCUCGCUCAGCACUCGAUUGAUGACGCACAUGCCACGGAUAUCUUCGCGCUCGCCGUAACCACGACUCAGAUCCUCUCCGGAUCCGGCGAAUCGGCCAUCAAGGUCCACUCCAUCACCGAGGACGAUUUCCCCAUUGCCCAAGUGCUAAAUGAUGCGCAUAAACUCGGCUGCCAUCAUAUUGUAACCGACCGUGAGACGGGAAGAAAUGCAGUGAGUGUGGGCUUCGACGGCGACGUCAAAGUAUGGAAGUACGAUGACAGUUCGUGGAAAGACGCUGGAGAAAUUAACGUCGGGCCGAGAAAGAAGGCCGGGGAGACAUGGGCUGUAUGCUUGUCCUUCGAUGGUAAGUUCCUUGCUAGCACGACGCACGACGGCCGGGUGAAUAUCUGGGAUCUGGGCGAUACUGGAAGUCGAGAGAAGAUCAGAGAGUUUGAGACCAAAGGCUCCUUUGGCAUGUCCAUUGAUAUGUCUCCCGAUGGGCGAUUCAUAGCCAGUGGUCACGAAUCAGGCAACAUCUAUCUAUUCUCCACCGCCACAUCCCGGCUUCUCCAUUCGCUUCCCGGUUUGAUCGAAGCUGUCCGGGCCGUCAAGUUCUCCCCAGGCUCGAAGCUUCUCGCAGCAGCCGGGGAUGCAAGAAUUAUCUCACUCUAUGACCCAAACUCAGGCGAACAAGUUGCGAAUCUUACCGGACAUGCGGCCUGGAUCACGAGUCUCGACUGGAGCCACACUGGUCAGUAUAUCCUCAGUGGCAGUCUGGAUGGUAAGGUGAAAGUAUGGGACAUCGAGCGAAGAGUCUGCGUGGCCACAUACGGUGAGAGCGAUAAAGGUCUGUGGGCCGUGAGGUGGCUUCCGAAGGGAGAUACCAGCGUUGAGAGAGCUAAGGCGGAAAAAUUCGUGACUGUCGGGAGCAACAAAGCGAUUGCGAUCUAUCGUGAGGCUACAGGAGGGUGA